CCCAAACCGUGCCGCAUGAAAUCUUAUAAGAAGUCGGAGCGGGGACCCAUUCUCCUUAACCAUCUGAAGGUCGAUAAAUUAAGUUUGCGGACGGUCUGGCAAACUGAUCUCCAAUUUAUCAAUCUGUCGAACAUGAGGUGUCUAACCAUUUCGUGUCUCCUGGCCAUAGGGCUAAGCGGACUUGCUGAUGCUCUUCCCAAUCCAAGUUCAACGACAAGUGAGUCCUCCUCGUUCCUCCAAUGAAUCAAGAAAACUAAGAAUCAAUUCUCAGAUAACAUACGUCGCCAAGUAAAUCCCGACUCCUACUGCACGUCCUUCCCCUGCACCCCUCCCGCCAUCCCCGUCUUCAACGAAGUCUUCAAUACCUGCGGUUGCAAGAUUAUCCCCCCACAAUGCGCAAACCUAAUAUGCGACGCGCUACACCACCAAUCCUACGACAACAAGACCGGGAAAUGCACCUGCGAGUUCGGAACGGGUAUCAUGCCCGUGCCGACCGAGAUACCUCCCUCCCUGAUAGGCAAAGUCUCGAAAAGAGAAACAUCGCUCCCGCCAGCCAUCUGUCCCGAAGUGUUUUGCGGAGCAGGAAGCACAAUGGAUCGAGAUACCUGUACCUGUGUGGCAACAUGGCCAUUAGCAGAAUCCUGCCCCCUUAUUAAAUGCAGAGGUGGAUACCAUCCCGUAUACCACACGACAACAGGGAGCUGUGGCUGUGAUCUCGAUUGUCCUUCACUCACCUGCAUCCUACCCCUCACCACCUACUACAACUUCUCAACGAUGGCCUGUACUUGCGAGGACAUGUCCGCCUUCUCUGAUGACACACCAACUCCAACGAUUGUAAUGAAAUUGCCGCCGACAACUUCAAGCAUAAUCAAACAGUUACCACCGACCACCAAUUCGGUAGCGAAGCAAGCACCACCGAUCACUGAUCUCCCUUUUACGACUUUACCUACCCUCAGCGGAACGAGAGUUGGCCCGCCCAUCUCGCCUACAUUUCCAACGCAUCGGCCGACUACCUUCCAGACGGUGAGCGCGUCGUUGGCACUUCCUCCUUUUUACCAGACGGCGCCGGUGGCUGCUCCUCCUGUUGCUACUGCGCCAGCGGCUUUACCUCCAGCGACUGGGACGGGCUGUACGGGUUUGUAUUGUAUUAGUGAGAUGCACCCGGUUUUCAAUAGUGAGCUGGGGAGGUGUCAGUGUGUUUGGAUUGAAGGGUUGGGACCGGCUGGUACGUGAGGGGUUGGUGGGAACGGGGGGAGAAUGUACAGAUUUUAUGUGUGGAAGUUGAGGGUUAGUUGACACUGUAACAAAACAAUGCGAUGGAGUAUCAGUUCGUUUAUUU